UUUGGAAGUGUAAUGGGAAUUACAAAAUCAAAAUCAAUGCAGAAAGAUGAUUGUGUGUUGCCGCGUCUUGGAAAUGGACAAUUUGAAGUCGGAUGUGCGGAAAUAAUGAUCAGUGAUGAGGAUGAUAUGGGUAUCCUAUUGACAGUCUAUUAUCCGUCCGAUAAAGCACACCUAUCAGAUGAAAGAGCGGAACACCCUUUAUGGCUUCCAAGGGAGGAAUACAUUGAUGGUUUAGCAGAUUAUCGGAAUUCAUCUUCUCGUUGGAUGCAUUUCAUGUAUAGGUGGUUUAUUGGUGAGAAAAGGAUUCCUGCGCUUUGGCAUAUCACAUUAAAUGAAACGGUGACUAACUAUCCGAUUUUGAUAUUUUCUCAUGGCCUUUCAGCAUGUCGUCACUUUCACUCAAUUUAUUGCUCAUCAUUAGCAAGUCAUGGCUAUGUUGUAGCAGCUGUUGAGCACAGGGAUUGUUCAGCUUGUUGGACGUAUAAAUUUGAAACUGAUGAAAAUACGGGGGAAAAAAUAGAAGUGCCGGUGAAAAUUCGUAAAGUUAUGCCAACCGAUGAUGAAUUUCAGUUACGAAAUGAACAACUUCAAAAACGAGUAACGGAAUGUGUAAAAACGUUACACUUCUUCAAGGAGUUAAAUCUGGGACAGUAUAAUUCUGAUCAACAAAUUGGAAAAAAGUUAUUAUUGGGGAACGAUUUUGCAUGGUCACAAUUCAAGGGUCGCUUAGACAUGGACAGGGUAUUUAUCGCUGGUCAUUCUUUUGGUGGUGCAACAGCCAUCGCAACGGCAGCAACUUUUCCUGCUGAUUUUUCUGCUGUCGUUGUACUUGAUGGAUGGAUGUUUCCCAUCGAAAGGGAGUUGUUCACACGUGUUCAACAACCUGUUUUAUUUAUGAAUGCAGAAAGCUUUCAGUGGGAAGCAAAUGUAAAUGACAUGUUGCAAGUUGUCGAAAACUCGAAACGCAGCGUUUUACUUACGUUUAAUGAAGCAGUGCAUCAUUCUUUCACAGAUUUCCCUCUCUUGAUUCCGGGAAUGCUCUGCCGUUGGUUAGGCUUAGAAAGCUUAAGCGAUCCGAUGCAAUGUGCCGAAGCAAUCAUUGAAUUUACUGUGCAUUUUUUGAAAUCUUAUUAUGAAGAUUCUAAUACUGCUCUUAAUCUCUUAACCUAUGAAAACAUCGUCACAAUGGAGGCCAGAUUUGCUAGAAAACAGCUGUAA